GGUGGCGGUCAUGGACGUCGUGGAGGCGGUCGAGGGCGACUUCGGCCCCAUAGAGCGCGCCACAGCCCAGACGGCCACGCUUGGAGUGUGGGACUAUGUGGUACUGGUGGCGAUGCUGGUCAUAUCCAUGGGCAUCGGCGUCUACUACCGCUUCACAGGCGGUCGCCAGAAGACCACUCAGGAGUACCUGCUGGGCGACCGCAGCUUGGGGGCGGGGCCCGUCGCCUUCUCGCUCAUGGCCAGCUUCAUGUCGGCCAUCACGCUGCUCGGCGUCAGCUCCGAGAACUUCGUGUACGGCGCGCAGUUCAUCGCCAUCAACCUGGGCUACGGGCUGGUCACCCCUGUGGCUGCCUACCUCUUCCUGCCCGUCUUCUUCCGCCUCCAGGCUGCCAGCGCCUACCAGUACCUGGAGAUGCGCUUCGGCGUGGCGGCCCGGCUGUGCGCCAGCAUUGCCUUCUCGCUGCAGAUGGUGCUCUACAUGGGCAUAGUGCUGUACGCGCCAGCGCUGGCCAUCCGCGCCACCACAGGCCUGGAUGAGAACGCCUCCAUCCUGGCCGUGGGGCUCAUCUGCACCUUCUACUCCACCAUCGGCGGCAUGAAGGCCGUCGUCAUCACCGACGUCUUCCAGUCUCUAUUAAUGUUCGCAGCAGUGUUCCUGGUCAGUAUUAAAGGUUCCAUUGAUGCAGGAGGCUUCGACAAGGUGUGGGAGAUAGCCACCACUGGGGGCCGUGCAGACUUCUCCAGCAUUUCUGCUGACCCCACGGUGCGCCAUACGUGGUGGUCACUCAUCAUUGGUGGCGGCUUCACCUACCUGUGCCUGUAUGCCGUCAACCAGACACAGGUUCAGAGGCUGCUCUCUACCAGGGAUCUGGCAACGGCACAGCGCGCCCUCUGGUGGUCAUGGCCGGUACUUAGUUUGCUCAGCCUGACCACUUCGUUCGCUGGUCUGGCCAUGUACUCCUACUACUACACCUGUGACCCACUCACCAGCAAGAGGAUCGAGAGGCUAGACCAGCUGAUGCCGUUGUAUGUGGUGGACACAAUGAGCGGCAUGCCGGGCUUGCCGGGCCUCUUCAUCGCUGGCAUCUUCAGUGGUUCCCUGAGCACCGUCUCAUCAGCUGUCAACUCGCUGGCUGCCGUCACAUUGGAGGAUUACUUUAAGCCACUGUACGUGCGGUACCGAGGCCACCCACUGGCGGAGUCGCGGUCGCCACUUGUGGGGAAGCUGCUGGCACUGGCAUUCGGACUGCUGUUCCUGGGACUGGCCUUCAUGGCGCAGUUCCUGGGUGGCGUGCUGCAGGCCAGCCUCACGAUAUUCGGCGCUGUCGGCGGACCUGUGCUCGGCUUCUUCUCGCUCGGCAUGUUCCUGCCCCACGCCAACGAGCCGGGAGCCAUAACGGGCCUGGCCACGGGGCUCGCCUUCUCCAUGUGGGUCGGCUUCGGCGUCCCCCGGCCAGACGCAGUAAGGCUGCCCACCAGGACGGACGGCUGCGACUUCAACGUUACGGCCACACCGCCGCCGCCCACCCAGGACCCCAGCGAGUACUUCUACCUGUACCGCGUGUCGUACCUGUGGGUUGUCGUGCUGGGAUUCCUGCUGACACUCGUCGUGGGCACCAUCGCGUCGUGGGUGGCGGGCGUCACCUGCGAGGGGGACCGCAGCGUGCCGCCGCCAGACCCCGACCUCUUCGUGCCGCCAGUCCGGAGGGUGCUGCUCGCGAGGAGAGGGCGCAGGGGCUCCAACCCGGUGCAGCUGACACGUGUGGCCGGUGACCUGUCCAAUGGUGUGGGACCAGCUGCAGACACCAAGAGCCAGGAGGAGCCGCUCAAUGGCAUAGGUGGCCACCACGUCACCCCAAUGUGAUGUCGACAGAGUACAGUGGGGACUGCUGUGAGCUGAAAGGUGCUGAUCUGCAGGUUCCCAGCCUGAGACAUUCCAGCCUUCUCUACAGAGGCUGCAACAACUUAGUCUAUUUAUUUUCUAGUUUUGUAAAAAAGGGAAAAAAAUGUAAACACUCAGUAUUCCUCAGUUUGUAAUAGCUGUGCUUUUUAUUCUCAGUUCUCUUCUGUUCAGCUGAAUUGCUGCAAAUAAUGAAGCACUGCAAAAUCAGUUUUAUAGGUGCAUGAAGCUUCGACAGAAGCAGCCAAAGAGAGUGGGAGAGAUUAUAUGAGACAGCAAAAUGUUGCUGAAGUUAACUGGUGAUGCAAUACUGCGCAGUGUAGAAACUUUCACAAAUGUAACAUUUCAGUGGACUUAUUAAAUAUGGGCAAUUGCUUACCUGGUAAACUGUGAGCAAAAGUAUGACAAUAAUUAUUACAAUAUUGGAAAAAGUUCUGACCAGGAAAUCAAUAAUCGUGUGAUGAAGAUCAAUACUACAGGAGGGUGGAGGCAUUGGAUGGUGUAAAGAUGGCUGAAUAAUAUUGUUGAAUGGCAUAGAAAAGAUGCCUCCAAAAUAAAACUAGUUGCCUAUAAAAGGUCACA